AUGUGUCUGGGGCUGGUUUUGAGGGGCGUUUGGGGGUGCGUUUGGGCUCACCCCGUGCCCCCCCUUGCCCCCAGAGCGCUCUGCACAUCGCGGUGGUGCUGGGGCUGGCGGGGGCCGUGGGGCGGCUGCGGGCGGCGGGUGCGGGGCUCUGCGUGCGGGAGCGGGGGGGGCACACGCCCCUGCACCUCGCCUGUCGCGAGGGGCACCCCGCCUGCGCCCGCGCCCUCCUGGGGGGGCUCCUGGAGGCAGCCCCCGAGCCCCGGCAGCCCCCGGAGACCCCCCCAGAGCCACAGGGCACAGCGGGGACCCCCCCGGAGCACCAGAAGGAGGAGGACGAGCUGCGGGCGCAGCUGGAGAGCGUCAACUAUGACGGUUACACCCCCCUGCACGUCGCCGUCCUCCGCCGGGACCUGGAGCUGGUGCAGCUGCUGCUCCGCGCGGGCGCCGACCCCGACAGGCCGGAGCCGAGCUGCGGCCGCAGCCCCCUGCACUUGGCCGUGGAGGCGCAGAGCCCCGAGGUGGCCGAGUGCCUCCUGCGGGGGGGUGCCCGGCCCGACCCCCGCACGUUCUCGGGGUACACCCCCCUGUACAGCGCCCGGCGCCGCCCUGACCCCCGCCUGCCCCCCCUGCUGCGGCGCUUCGGGGCCCGGGACCCCCCCAGCGACAGCGACAGCGAUGACAGCGACAGCGAGGGGGGGGCCGAGGACAGUGAGGAGGAGUACGACGACAUCGUCAUCAACAGCGGCCGCUGCCCAGACUGAGGGGCCCCCACGGAGCCCCCGCACGGACUCGGGGGUCCUUCCCCCACUCCCCCAGUGUGGAGGAGCCCCCAAAGCUACCCCUGCCCACCCCCAGGCCCGGGGGGGCCACGAGAGGCUGGGGGGGUCAACAGGAAAUAAAGGAGGGAA